CUCUGAAAGGAUGUUUCUGUUUGCAGGAAGUAAAGCAGAUGGAAGAAGUGACAGCAGAACCAUCCAUCGUGAAUAUGACAUCCUGGACAAGAGGAAGCCGGUGACGGCUCUGAGGGCGGGAGAGGACAGGGCCAUGCUGCUGGGCCUCAGCAUGAUGAUCUUCUCUGUCAUGAUGUACUUCGUCCUGGGAAUCACCAUACUGCGCUCCUACACUGACCGCGUGUGGAUCAACGAGACUAGCUGCACCAUUGUGAACUCCAGCAUCGUGUGUGAUGUAAACUGUUCCUACAGUUGUGGAACAGAGUGCUGGAGGCGUUCCCGCUACCCCUGCCUCCAGGUCUAUGUGAGCCUCAACUCCUCUGGAAAAGUGGUACGACUGUCGCACAACGAGGAGGCGCAGGAAAGCAACCCAGAGUGCUUCUACAUCCCAAAGUGCCAGAAGGACUAUGCAGCCUUACAUGCAAUGAUUCAGAACAUUUCUGAGCGUCUCAAGUCCCAGCACACAGUCCAGUGUUUCGUGGACCCUACGGACAGAAUGGACAGUGCCAUCCUGACGCAGAUCUAUAGUUUGGUCACAGUCUUAUACUCCCUGUUCUGGCCUACCUUCACCUUGAUUGGGGGAACCAUCAUCAUAGCUAUGGUGAAGCUGACCCAGUCCUUGUCCAUCAUGUGCGAGCAAACAAGCCGCAUUAAGAGGUGA